CGUCCUGCCUCCUCUCAACGCUGUUGAUUUGCCUCUGGACAAGUUUUUCCUGCCGGUCAGGAAAUAUCUGUUGCUGGAUCGUUUGUCGGGUGUGCUCCUUGACAAGGCCAUCGCUUACUCCACCUCCACCUCUCACCCAUCCAGCCAGUUGCCUGCUCUCCGUCUCUUUGCGAUGUGGUACCGAAUUCUUCCAUCGACAUCCUCUCCGAGUCAGCUAUUUUCAAUAUGUCUCCUUUUCACCACUGUGCUCCUCAGUGUGUCCGCUAUUGCUAUUCCCUCGGGGUCAGUGUCUGCUUCUCAGCAACACCAGAAACGAAAUGUGGAAAAGCUACGGAUGACGAUAAGGCGCUGUCGGAGGAAGGCAAAUGGACUGGAAAAAUGGAUGACAAGAGAUACAAAAAAUCGCGCGGACGAUAUCUAUGCCCUCGUCAUUGGGGACAACAUAUUUGCUGCAGAGUUGACUGAAUCACUGACGACAUCACCGGAGGUCUCAUCAGCCCAAACUAUCAAGGUCAUUCCGGCCCAAGAAUUUCAGCCUUUCCAAAAACUCGAAAACACAAUUCAGACACAUUACUAUACAACUUUGAAAGCAUCGGCGCAGUUCUCCAACGUCGAAAAACAAUCAGCCUUUGAUGAUUUGAGAAAUAUUGACACGCUUCAAACCAAAUGCCUGAGGACAACUUUGAAGAGUAGUUUUGAUUACGUUGAUUGUGCUGUGCUCUUUAUCCGAAACAAGUUUGUUCCUUCGGAUGACUGGUCCGAGCUCGAUGAUAUCUGGACCGCCUACAAACGCAAGAGGACGAAUGAUCUAGCUGGUGUUUACACACCCCGGCCUGCGACAAAGAAAAUCACAUCCGGGCCUGCUGGUGCGGAAAAUGAAAUCACAUAUCGGCCUGACUCGUUACUGAGGAUUGGUCGUAAAAAAAGUGGCAAAAGGGGUACCGGUAAAUGGGUGGACAGAACGGUAAAGCAUGACCCGGAUCAUGUAUACGUCCUCCUCUUCCAAGAUGAAGCUUUUGCAGCGGAGCCGACAUCAUCUCCGCAAGCCGUUGCGGUCAUUGAGAAGGGAAAGCUGCCGACUUUUCCGUUCACUUUCGUUGAAAACAGCAAAUAUUUAGAUGCGGAUUUCUUCAGUUCUUUGAAGGCAUACGCGUUAUUCGACACAGCGGAAGACAAGAACUCAGCUGUUCACAAUUUGAGGGACAUCGGUACACUACAGACCAAAUGCGGGGGGAUUUUCAAGAAUAGCUUCGACUACGUUGAUUGUGCUGUGGGUUAUUUCAAAGACAAUUAUGCUCGGUCGGAGGACAAGCCCAGGUUAGAUGAAAUGUGGAAGGUCUAUAAGGCCAAGAGGGAUGGGGACUUGCAGAAGGCGGGAAAGAGGAGGGCAACGGAACAAGACGUGGUUGACGGUACAAAGAAAUUGAAGCUGAGUUAAAGUGGGCUUCAUUGGACGUGAUCUUUAUUACCUUUAUCGUCCUAUAGUGUCCUUCAUUUUAUUGCAUCUCAGUCAAAUUAGUUUGGCCUUCGUUUCGGAUGACGACGUUCUACUUAUGGUGCAAAGGGUUGUAGUUGAUCAUUCAGGAGAUUUUCUCAGGGAACUGCGCGACA